UACACAUUAUGUUCUUUAAACAGAGUAGCUUUAUUGACUCAUUACCGAUCGAACAUUUUGUUUAACCAUGCAGCAAGUACCUAGGUAACUCCACGUAUAGUUGUUCAAAAAUAUAGAAUAAUAGUAAUACCUAGAAAUUAAAGAAUAAUUUUAUGUUCAAAUUAUUUAUAGUAAUUGUGAGAAAUAUAAACUAUCGUAUCUUCAGAUGAAUACAUUACAUCUAUUUUGUUUCACAACUAUAUUUCUCUCUGUGAAAUCUAUUCCAGAUGAAAUUAAGUUAGAUAUUGAAAACAAAAUUUCAAUUACUAUACCACAUAAUUGUUGUGAAUAUAUCAAAUUAAUCAAGAUAGAUUCAAAAGUCAAAUGGUGCGAAGUAUGUUCAUGUGAUGAAGCUGAACCGGACAAGGUCAAUGCAUUUUAUUCUGCUUUAACUUGUAAGUUUGCCACAUGGACUUUAAACAAAAUAUAUCACGAGUGCAUUCAUAAGUAUCCAGAUUUUUAUUAUACCACUAAAUUUGAAAGACAUUAUAAAAAUUUCAUUGAAUUAUCAAACUUCAUAGAAAGGUUAAAAAUUGAUUUAAAAGAUAUCAAUGAAUACAUUAUACAAUUUAGAACAAUAAUAGACGAUUUUUUAAGAUUAAAUUCACAUGCAUCAUAUUAUAGUGACAAAACUAUUUUAAAAAUAUUUGUUUCAAUAGAAAUUAAAUUCGGGUUAAUAUUAACAGAAGGGAUUAAAAAAAAAACACAAAUUGAUAUUAUUCAAAUGGUUAUUGAAGAAAUUAUUGCAUUACAAAGUUUUUUGUCAAUAAAUUGUUCAAAUCAAUCGGCAAGUAGUAAGAACUCGAGAUUCUAUGAUUUUUGGUUAGAAUUUGAUGAUAUAAAAGAAGAAUACAAUAAAAAAAGUAAAUUUAUUUUGCAGACUGAUAUUUUUAACGUUAUCACUACCUUCGAAUCCUUAAAUUUGGAUAAAAAUAUAAAGAAAGCUGGAGACUGUAACGUUCAACAUAUUUUAUUAAAUAAUAUGAAAAUAAAAGAUGCGAAAGGUUCUUUCUUUGAAGAUAUAUCUAAUACACGGUUGCGAAUUUCAGGCAAUAUAAAUAAAUCAAUUUCCGAUAUGUUAGAUCUNAUAAACAUUGAACGCAAUGAAAAUGCUAACGAAAUAGACCUUCCAGUAUAUUUUGAGGACGGAUUUGACAUUUUAAGCAAAGUUGUUGACAUUUGUCCAAACGAUAAGACUGAUACUCAGUGUAUACAUUUACUCUCAAUUCUAAAAUCAUAUCACACAGAAUUGACGGAGGGGAUUGGACUGACACAUUUGAACUCAUAUUCGUGCGAUUUGAAUCAAGAUUUAGACAGCUCUACUAUUUAUUUACAAACGAUUUUAGAGUUUUUGAAAGUUAACAUUAACGAAUUAACAUGUUUCAAUAAAUAUUUCAAAUGGCUUCGUAAUGAACGCUAUGAUUAUUAUGUACCAUAUAUGGAUAAUAAAUAUCGAUUUCUUUACUUCGAACCCGAACACAAGAUUAAUAAAUUUUACAAAACGAACGAAGGAUGCGACUUUGUUUUGAAUAUUUACACGCUUUGUUAUCAAGUUGUCAUGUUUCUCAAUAAUGGCAUUGAUAAUUUAGACACAAAGAAAGACACAUUAUUUCUAACAAGAGCACAGAGAAUUAUUGAUAACAUCGUUAAAUGUUUUCUAACGAUUAUUACUUACAAUGAGCAAAUAUACGAUAGAGAUCUUAUUAAUAUGUCAUAUAACAUAACUAUUCUUUUAAUAAGCCAACGGGAUCGAAAAGCCAAGUAUGAUGAAACACUUUAUUACUCAAAGCGGAUUUUUAAUGUUGUUAUGAAUGAAUUGAAUACAUAUGGAAUAAAACAUUGUGAUAUAUCAAAACGCGAUUUUUUGUUAUUUAAUAAUAUCAAUUUUAUGGAAUUUGGUGUAGGUAAAUCACCUACAGAAAUGACAAUAAAUUUAUUUAAGAAAAGUUUUAAUAUUGCUAUCAGUCCGAAAUCGAUUGAUGAUAAAAAUUUAGAAUCCGACGAAUAUGGUCAUUUAAAUUUAAAUUUUUUACAUAGAAACUUUAUUAAAAAGUCGGGCAUUAUUAAUCAAUAUAAUUCUAAAAUCAUGAUAUACUGGAAAGGCAAAAAGUUAUCUUUCCUUAGUAUAAUUGGGAAUAUGAUGAAAUUUUGUAUUCAGCCUAAAUUUUUGUUUGCUUUUUAUGACAUGUAUUUUAAAUUUCAUAUUGCAGUUCUGUUUUGGGAAGUUAGAGACAUUAUAAAUAAAGAAAAGAAAUGGUUUACAAUAGAAAACCUUUUUGCGGAUUUAAGAUGUGUCCUGUCACAUUUGAAUGAUAGCAACUUUCCUUCUGAACUAUUACAUAUUGUCAAACAAAUACAAUUAGUAAUGUCUUUAAAAAUUGGAGAUGAAAUUGACCUUAACCAUCAGAAUAUAUACUUUUAUCGAUUAGGACAAAAAUCAAAUGAGAUUGAGGACAAAUUCAAGAAAUUAAACUUUGUAUUUGAAAAAAUGAACAAAACGCAAAAAAUUUUGCUAUUUGUUAAAAGUAAAGUUGGUAUGUGUAGUACUUCUAGAAUAGGUGCGAAUUCUUUAGACUCUGAAUUAAAAAAUGUCCAUAGGGUUUUAGAAUUAUUUUUCAAAUUUAGGUAUACAUUCUAAUGUUGAUAUUAUUGAUAAAUAAUGCUUUAUAUGAUAUAGAUGUAUUUUUAAAUUAUAUUCCUUAACCUUUUUUUUGUUGUAUUUUUUUCGUUAUAAGAAAUUUUUUUUCUUCUUGUUUUUGAUUUACUAAAUUAGACAUUAGUAGAAGUUAAUUUAUAGAUAAUAUAUAUCUUUUUUAUAAAUAAUAAUAAUAUUUAUAAACGUUAUUGCGACAAAAUAAAUCAACACAGUAAAUAUAUAUUAGUUAACAACGGAAUACAAUAUUGCAGCACCUACUAAAUAUAAGCUUGUGCUAGGGAAGCAUGUUCAUAAAUCUCUAAAAGUUCAUAAAACCGAAAAACAAUUAGUUGUUCAUAAUAUUAUUGUAUAAAAUGAGAUAAUUGAGUUUAUUUUAUGGAGAAUGCUAAACAUUUAAUUCCUUAUUUAAUAUAUGUUUUAAAAUAUUUUAAAUUUUCAUAUUGAAUAAUAUUAAUAUUUAAUAAAUAACAUAAAUCAAGACCGG